CCAAGACUGAGCAUCAGUGUUCCAACUGUAACAGUCCGUGGGUUGCUCUUCUGUCAAGCCUAGAUUGCCUGAAGCAGGUCAUUGAGGAUGGCCAGUAAGCAAGGGUACAGUUGUCUCUCAGAUGGCUCUCUGGAUAUUCCAAUAUCUAGCCCUGAAGGCACCCCGAGUCUCAGUCCUCAUAGUCCAGGACUGUGUCUUAUAUCUCCUCCAAUUGCAGAAUCUCACUGGCUGAGCAAUGCUCAACCACAGCCUGACACUCCAUCAGAAAUGAACAUCACUUUAGAAAAGUUGCUUGCUCCAAUAACUGAAAAAUUGAAAUAUUUGCUGAAGAAAGCAGAGGACUUCCAGACUUACCUUCUAUACAGCAGAGACAGAAUGCAGAAGGAACAGUUUGCCAAAGCCAUGCCCACCUUUUUGCAGAUGUGCCAGCCAUAUUUCCACUAUUUGGAAUCAACAGCACGCAGCUGCACACCUUAUUUAAGACCUCCACAGGAGCCAGUCCGGAAAAGACUUCUGGAAAUUUCUCAGCAAUUGGCUUGCCAGCUUGAGCAACUGGUGCUGAUGUACGCUUCCUUCAGCUUUGUUUCUCUUGAAGACACAGACCCAUUCAGUGUAUCAUGUUUCUUCUGUGGGAAAUUUUGGAUGAAUGAGACUCGGCAAGUUUCCAUCUUUCGAUACUGCAUCUCAGCACCAUACACAGCUGCUCAUAUUCCCCACAAUCUUUAUAAGAAGAUGCGCUGGAAUCUGGACAUCUUGGAGGGGUCUGCUGCUCGGAAUCAAACACUCCGGACAGAAUACUACUUCCUAUGCUUCCGUGAUACAGGAGAUGAAACAACUGUGAAAAUGCAGAAGCUUUGGUCCAUAGGACGCUGGGUGCCUAUAGAUCCUGACAAUGAACACAGUUCUGAUGUGCUAUCCUGGGUGUUGUGUCACCAACCCACAGGUGAUUACCAGCAGCUCCUAACAAUUGGAUUUGAGGAACCUUCUCACACCUUAGCUACAGACCUCUUAGUGCAGAUGCUAAAUGCUCAGAGUUCUGGUCUUCUUAAUCGUGAAUCAUCCUGCUGGAUGGGCCCAGGAGAACAGGUGCAGUAAAAUGUACAUCACUUUCGUGUAUACCACAAUGUGUAAUUCAUGUAUACGCUUGCUGCACAACAUCACCAGGACUGCACCAUCAGCAUCACCAAUAGCACAUUAUCAAGAGCACUAUUCCAGAUGCCAGUGUUUUGACACCACAGUCAAAAGAGUGUAAGUGGUUUGUAUUACAAGUAUGAAAAUUUUAGAUUUUGGCAACUUUGACAUAGAAAAAAAGCAUUACUUUUAUUUCACAUCCCAUUUUAAUUGUCUUAGAUAUAUUUCUGAAACUGUCUAGGAAAGAUUUGAGAGAAUUUGUUUUAAUUUAUAAUAGUUUCUUUAAUAUAGCAACUCAUACCAUUUCCAAUGUAUUUUGAGGCUAUUCCUACAUACUAUUUGAGGCUAUUCCUACAUACUAUUCAAGGCUUGUUAAGAACUGAUAUAUAAUAUAUCUGGGAGAUCAGGCUGUGGAAAGGUAUACUUCAGUUUCAGUUCUAAUUAUUUAUUUAUUGACUCAUUUUCCAAUGUUUAAGAUAACACACAAAUAACAAAACUGAAACAUCUAAAGAUAAAAUUUUAAAAUCCCACUUAAAAACAACAUAACACGAGCUAUUAAAUUUAGUAAACAAAUGAAGCAGUAAGAUUGGCAGUACAUAAGUUUGGUCUUCUAUUAGACAAAACAUUUGACUGGCCAUGAAAAGCUUUCCUAUCCUGUGUGACAUUACUUCUUGCAUUAAUGGGAUUGUGAAUGGGAUAUCUUGACUAUUUUGAAAUUGUGACAAGCUGUAUAUUUCCAUGGGUUCACUAUGGUAAUUAUUCUAAAUGUUACAGUGCUAAAUAUGCUACAUUUCACUUUUUUUAAAAAAAUCACCUUGUUCAAGAACAAAUAAUUUAGUUUAGAAAAAAAAAUAAAACAAUGCAAGGAAAUAAAAGGAAUGUUCAGCAGUUAUUUUUUUUU